UGACUGUUUACAACGUCUGUGGCGGAAGCGGCUUCAUUCAUUUAGGAUUUCGUACGUUUUUAUUGAACAUUCUCAUAACCCAGCCGUGGCACGUGUGUACAAAAGCCGCUGUGUAUCAUGUACGCUGUGGAAAUGAUGGCGCCCCGGUUGUUGAGCUCGCUGCUCGCCUGUAACGUGCACACAUCGUCCGGCUGAGCUGCGUGAAGCGGGAGUCUCUGUGGUAAACGAUUCACCGCCAGAGAAACAGGAAAACAACUGGGGAGCGGGCACGUGCACCGGUUUAUGACGUAACUGCCGCCUCUCGGCUCAUGAAUACGGAGACGCUCGUGGUUUGACUUCCACUUUUUACACGCACCUCACGCCCCAAACUGCGCGUAAUGGGCCACAAGUCCGUUUUGUUUUUGUCGGUCGUCAGAUGACGGACUCCCGCUGUGUGUCUGCGUAACAAGAGGAGUUCCGCGCAGGAAUAAGGCGAAUGAUUAACACGUACCUUCAGGAAACAUUAGCCUGCUGUCUUCCUUCCUUCCGUCCAGGUCGCCGUGACCUAGACUGGACCAUAACGCUGCAAGUUCCAGAUAAAUGAGCUGAUUGAACACAGCCUCCUGUAGAUCCUGGUCAUGGUUGAAGAGCUGACGCCUUUGGACUGUCUGCUGCCUUCAGGCACGCAGAGAAUAAGUCUGAUCCUUCUAAACCAGCCUUUGGAUGAAGACUACCUACAUAUCCUCUGGAGUAAAGCUCUCCUGAGGGCAUGUGCUGAUGGAGCUGCCAAUCACCUUCAUAACAUCACCGCUGGAGACUGUGAAAGGUUUCUCCCCGACUAUAUCAGUGGGGAUUUUGACUCCAUUACUGCAGAGGUCAAAGCUUUCUAUGCCGACAAGGGCUGUCGACUGAUAGAAACAGCUGACCAGGACCUAACGGACUUCACCAAGUGUCUUGCAAUCAUGCUGCAGGAGAUCGAGACAAGGAAAUUACAGGUGGAUGCCAUAGUGACUCUGGGUGGCCUGGGAGGCAGGUUUGACCAGAUCAUGGCCUCCGUGGAGACCCUCCACCACGCUCUGCCCAUGACACGACUGCCCCUGCUGGUCAUACAGGGGAGUAGCCUCGCGUGCCUGCUCCGACCUGGCAGCCACAGACUGCGGGUGAACACCGGCCUGGAGGGGGACUGGUGCAGCCUCAUUCCAGUAGGGGGGCCGUGCCAAACCACCACCACUGGACUCAAAUGGAACCUGGAAAACCAGGUCCUUGCGUUUGGGAAGCUGGUGAGCACCUCCAACACCUACGAACCCGUUCCCUCUGGAGAUCACAGGAAGGUUGUAACUGUGACCACAGACCAGCCACUGCUGUGGAGCAUGGCCAUUAAGAAUGGGGAGUAACACUCUGAGGAUGGUUCUGCUUCAAUACAGCUAGCAUCGAAGAACAAACAGUGACCAAACAUUUUCCCCUUUGAAAUUAUCAAGGCUCAAAAACAUGACAUUGGUCUUGUGCCAAAUUGAAUAAUGCCUUUCAGAAAUGUUUACUUGUAAUUGUAACUGUUUAAUGCUUUGUGUUUUAAUUCAAAAUUAACCAUAUGGAAGCUAUUUUGUGCUAAUCUAUGGCACAUCGCAUAAAAGCAGGUUCCAGUCAUUAACUUACUGAUCUGAGACAACAGAACUUAAUUCACAGAAGUGCAACACAGAGACCUCAUCAGCACAUGAAUGCAUCUGCUACAGCUGCUAUGACUACACUGUCCUUGUGCUGCUGUUCAACUGCACUUAUUCAAAAGUUACAUUUUUAUUAAGUAUUUGAAUAGACAUGACAAAAUAGCUGAUGGAUUUCUGUUUAUUUACACGUUGAAAUAUAAAUCUUGCAAAAACAAUGUAAAAAUGCCAUCCCUUCGCUCCACAAUCCGAACACGUUGCAUCACUGUCAGCUCACGGGUAUUUGAGUUUGUACUUUUCUUGACCAGUAUUCAACCACCACUAGGAGAAAAAAAACAUAGGAGUGGAUGUUAGGAACAUAACGUUACAUUAUGUCCACAAGUUACACUUGCAGAUUUUGCAUCAUGCCUUAAUUUUCAUACAGGAUACUCUGGCUAUUCAUUUAAAGUGUCAAAUGCAGUUUUUUGGACUUUACUCAACUUGAGAUGACUUCUGUUGUACUAUGUACUAAUAAGCUGAAUUUAAUUUGUGCCUAUUGAUAAAAAUUAAAUAAAGCAUUCUCCCACUGUAA